AUGGUCCACGAAAUCGAAAGUAAUACUGAUAAUCAGAAUUCUAAACUCAUUGAUACAUUCACGGGAUUUUGUAUGAACGUGAACAAUAUGAUCGGGAGUGGAAUAUUUUCUACGCCUGGUCUUAUUUGGUAUUUAACUGGAAGUGGUGGGAUGACUUUACUCUUAUACGUUGUAGGGUCACUUUUUUCUUUUGCGGGAAGUCUUAUAUACGUCGAGCUCGGUAAUAAAAUACCCGAGUCAGGCGGUGAACAACGCUAUCUAGAAAAUUUGUUCCCGAGUUAUGAUUACGUAUUCACUGAGGCCAUAGAAUAUGAGAGCCGAAUAUUGGGUCAUGGUUACGAGUAUUUC